CACAUUUCUUACACACACACACACGCUCUUCAAGCCGGUGCUGUAGAGCGGGAUCUACCCUAACUUGUCGUUAUUAGACGAAUGAACGCUGUUCUGUAUAUCCUUUCAUUUCAGUUCAAUUUUUAAAAAUAAUUUUUGCAGGGAAUGCAGGGGAUUAUGUCCAGACAGCUCACAAUGAAUCCAGCUUUCCUACGUCCGCAAACUAACGGCGUUUUGAAGGCGCUCCUGGAAAAACCUCUGAAACUACCUUUGCACCAAGAUGAAGGCUAUGUGAAGGAGAGAGAGAAGGUAAAAAAGCUGGAGGAAGAAGGAAACACUCCUCAAUCAGCUUUCUUAGGGCCAACGCUUUGGGAUAAAACAUUGUCUUAUGAUGGAGACAGCUGCUUUCAGUUGGAGUAUAUGGACCUUGAGGAGUUUCUCUCUGAAAAUGGCAUCCCCUCUAGUCCCGCACAACAUGACCAAAGCCUCCAUCACCAGCAGCAGCAGCCUUCAAUGCCUCAGGGCCCCAUCUCAGUCAUGGACCUCAGCAGCCAGGCAAUCACCUCCAUCCACACGGGCAUGGUUCCUCAGAACUGCCUCCACAGCCCGGGCAGACCAGUUUUGCCUCCAUCACGUAACACACCAAGUCCAGUAGACCCAGAGUCCAUUCAGAUACCAGUGAGCUACAAGCCCGAUCCGGCAGACCUCGCUCUGUCCAGCGUGCCAGGCCAGGAGGUUUUCGACCCACGCAAACACAAGUUCUCCGAAGAGGAGCUGAAACCUCAGCCUAUGAUCAAGAAAGCACGCAAAGUCUUCAUUUCUGAUGAUAUGAAGCAGGAUGAAAAAUACUGGACACGGCGCAGAAAGAACAACACGGCCGCCAAGAGAUCACGGGACGCUCGACGUCUAAAGGAGAAUCAGAUUGCCAUCCGGGCUGGUUUCCUGGAGAAAGAGAACGCGGCUCUCCGACAGGAAGUUUCCGAACUACGGAGAGAGCUGGGGCGGUGUAAAAACGUCUUAACCAAGUAUGAAGCUCAACACGGCCCUCUGUGAGAUCACCCGGGUGCUCCUCAACUUCCCUCACCCCUGCCCUUCUAAUUCGAAGGACAAUAUUCUUGGGUUAAGAUCCGCAGGGCCUGUUUUCCAGCCAGCCCUCACCUCAGUCUGUUCUUGGCACCUUAGAAGGCAGAAACGUUUCAUUGUGUGGUUAUUUCAGACAUCUUUUAGAGAUCUACCCACUCUCUUUCUCUGUUUGUUAUCGCAAACAAAGCCAUCAUUGUUUGCAGAUCGUGUUACUUAUGGUUUUACUGUGUUGUAGCAUUUGUCCACAAACGUUUGCCUUGAUUUGUCAUAAUUUAGCAGUCAAAUCUGAGCUAGUGGAUCUUCUGCUGUUCCUCUACAGACACCCAUAGCGUUGUGUAUGAGAGGAGUACAUGUGCAUAGCUGCUUCAGGUGCGUAAAGGUUUUGUGUCUCCGUAAAGACAUUAUUCUCACAGACAGAACAGAAUGUAGCAAGAUUUGAGAGUUUGAAUUCAUAAAAUAACUCUAUAUGACCAUAAAUACUAAAUAUCUGUAUAUCCCUAUUAGAAAACAGACAAUCAAUAUGCUUAUGAAAUGAGGAUGCCAGGUAAUGAAAAUCUGUGCCACAUGGAGCUUAAUUGAAAUUAGCUGUUACUUUAUUAUUAACCAGCAGUUUUUUUUUUUGUAUGUGGUUAAUGACUUUCAUUUUAGUGUAUAUGAAAGAAACUGUAUGUUUACGCUGAUUUGACAGUUCAGUUAAAAAGUCACACCCAAAACUUUUAAAUCAUGAGAAGCUAAUUUCGUUUAGGUAGAACUGCCUGCUGCAAUAAUUCCAUCAGAUUCAGCACAGAGCGUCUGCAUUAGCAUGCUUUUGAGUUCAAGAUGUGAUCAAGGAAAGCAUAUUGAACAAGGUCCCAAUGCGCUUAUUGCUAACACAAAGAGGCAACCUGGUAUUUAGAGUCUCUCAGAACAGAUAUGUUGCCUUUUGUUGGUCAGUUGUGUAAUGAAUGUAGUACAGUGUAUUUUAUGUCUGUCACUCUUUACUACAG